ACUGAAGCGCGGGGGACUGGGAGGCGGUGCCUGCAGCCUAGAGGUAAAGAGUGCGAGCUAGUCUCCAGGAGGGGAGACGGGCAAACGGCCGGGGCGCCACGCAGCUCAGCUCCGCACCAGAGGCAACCGCAGCCCGCACCAGCGGCCAGCAUCCUCCCCGGGACCCGAGCCGCGGUCGCGCACCUUCCUCCCCGGGGCUCCAGGCCACGCCGGCAACACCUCCAUCCAUCCAUCCCUCUCCUUCCGCGCGGCGCGCCCGCCGCAUCCCUCCUCCAGCCAGGCCGGCUGCCUUGACAGCUGCUCAGCCCGGUGUUCACUCCUUUAGAAUUUUGCUCUGGAUUAAAGAUUUGAACAGUACCAUGGGGUGCAAAGUAUUCCUCAAUUUUGGACACCAGCUGCUGCGGCGAAAAGUUGUGGACUGCAGCCGAGAGCAGAGUCGACUGUCCCGCUGCUUGAAUACUUUUGAUCUGGUAGCUCUUGGUGUAGGCAGUACCCUCGGAGCAGGUGUCUAUGUAUUGGCUGGAGCUGUGGCCCGGAAGAAUGCUGGCCCUUCCAUCGUUAUCUCUUUCCUAAUUGCUGCAUUGGCCUCCGUGUUGGCAGGACUGUGUUAUGGAGAGUUUGGUGCUAGAGUUCCAAAGACUGGUUCCGCUUACCUCUACAGCUACGUCACUGUGGGUGAACUCUGGGCUUUCAUCACCGGCUGGAACUUAAUUCUCUCCUACAUCAUUGGUACCUCAAGUGUCGCAAGAGCAUGGAGUGCAACGUUUGAUGAACUGAUAGGCAAACCUAUUGGGGAUUUCUCCCGAACGCAUAUGUCCCUGGAUACUCCAGGGCUAGCUGAAUACCCAGACGUAUUUUCUGUAAUUAUCAUUCUGAUUCUAACAGCACUUUUAACUUUCGGCGUGAAAGAAUCAGCCAUGGUUAACAAAGUUUUCACUUGUAUCAAUGUUCUCGUCCUCGGCUUUGUGAUGGUGUCAGGCUUUGUGAAGGGAUCCAUGAAAAACUGGCAGCUUACCAAAGAAGAUAUUGUGAAUGCUAAUGACAGUACGUGUUUGAACAAUGGCAGUUCCAUUGGUACUGGUGGUUUUAUGCCCUUUGGAUUCGGGGGUGUCCUAUCGGGGGCAGCCACCUGCUUUUAUGCUUUUGUAGGAUUUGACUGCAUCGCAACCACAGGUGAAGAAGUAAAGAAUCCUCAGAAAGCUAUCCCUGUGGGAAUUGUCGCAUCCCUCUUGAUCUGCUUUGUAGCUUACUUUGGGGUAUCAGCUGCUCUUACUCUCAUGAUGCCUUACUUCUGCCUGGAUGUUAAUAGCCCAUUGCCUGAUGCAUUUAAGCAUGUGGGCUGGGAAGGGGCAAAGUAUGCUGUGGCUGUUGGCUCUCUCUGUGCUCUUUCUACCAGUCUUUUAGGUUCCAUGUUUCCCAUGCCUCGAGUCAUUUAUGCAAUGGCUGAAGAUGGACUACUGUUUAAAUUUUUAGCCAAAAUCAGUGAAAGGACCAAAACUCCAAUUAUAGCAACAUUAACUUCUGGUGCCAUUGCUGCUGUGAUGGCCUUUCUCUUUGACCUGAAAGACCUGGUUGACCUGAUGUCCAUUGGAACUCUUCUAGCAUAUUCUUUGGUGGCAGCCUGCGUGUUGGUCUUACGGUACCAACCAGAGCAGCCCAACUUAGUAUACCAGAUGGCCAGAACAACAGAAGAACUAGAUCUUGUGGAUCAGAAUGAAGUAGUGAGCACCAGUGAUUCUCAAACAGGAUUUUUGCCCGAAGUGGAGAAAUGUUCUCUAAAAGCCAUAUUAUGCCCAAAGAACACAGAACCUUCUAAACUCUCCGGGUUUAUUGUGAAUGUCUCAACCAGCCUCAUAGGUAUUCAUAUUAUCAUCUUCUGCAUCGUCACUGUUCUUGCUAAAAAGGAACUCGAGCAGGGGACCCCAUGGGUGAUUGUCGUCCUCGUAGGGUCUGUUUUCCUCUGCUUCGUCAUCACCGUCCUCAUUUGGAGGCAGCCUGAGAGCAAAACCAAACUGUCGUUUAAGGUGCCCUUCUUACCCUUACUUCCUAUUUUAAGCAUUUUUGUGAACGUCUAUCUCAUGAUGCAGCUGGAUGGUGGUACCUGGCUCCGGUUUGCUGUGUGGAUGUUGAUAGGUUUCCUAAUUUACUUUGGUUAUGGUCUGUGGCACAGUGAAGAGGCAUCCCUGGCAGCUGGUACAGCGAGAACCCCAGACAACAGUUCGGACCACUGCAAAUGAUCCACGGAGCCCUGGACUGUGGCAGUGACAGCUACCCCCUUCAGAGAAAAACAGCUUUUGUCUCCAUGACUCAGAAACAAGAAAAAAACGCAUAAGUGUGCCACCCUUCCCCCUCUCUCCCCUCAUGCCCUCCCUCCAAUACUAACCACAAGGUGCAAUUACUUGAGUUGUGGCCACCCCUAAAAGCUCAUUUACCUUAGAGACAAAACUCCAAGGAAUCUAGUGGCUCUCCAGUCCCCCUAGACAAAGUUAUGGCCUGGACCAGUUAGUUGAAUGCUGGCUUUGUUUUCUUCUCUCCCUUCCCCUUUCUUCAAGUCAGAAGAAAGCCUCUCCUCCCCUGCUCCAUGGUUAGGGCGACCACCGCCAUUGGCAAAUUUGAGGUCCUUUCUUUGGCUUCCCCUCAUGAGUUAGCUCCUCCCUCCUAGGAUUCUAUAUCUCAAUUUGAAAAUGCCUCAUCUCCAUAAGUUUAGUGCCCCAUUUUGUAAUUGAGAGUGUUGGGCCAUAAGCUGUGUACUGCAUCCAAGAAGGGUCCUCCCCUUCAAAAAUAGGUCAAUCCUGCCAGCCAAACUAUAGCCAUUAAUUUAGGACGUGGGAGAGAAAAACUUGGACAUGUUUUUCAUGACCAGCUUCCCUUUUUCCUCCUCCCUGUUUCUUCCAGAAAGAUCUGAACCACCUCAUAUCCAGUCCUUUUUUACCAUUAUUCCUCUUUUCCAUACCCCUUCAUGUUUCUGUUACCGUGGCAGAGGACUGUGAGGACUAUGUGAGUUCCCACUGUGAGGACAAUGGUGGUAUCCUGAAUGGUUGAGGUACACAUAUGUAACUGGCUCUGAGUUCUGCUUGGGAUAUGUCAAAGUGAAAUUACCAAAGUGAAGAUUAUCAUUGGACCUGCUUCUCAUUGACUGAGAUUGGCAUUGAACCUUCCUGUAUGAAUGCUCUUGGGUGACUUUUGAUGAUGUCUGCCUGAAGUGGGAGGGUGUAGGGAGCCUUUCUUGACUCUCUUCACUGACCCUGACUCAUGUUCCCGACUUCUGCUGAGCUCUUUGAUGGACGUCUCUAGGUGAUUGGGACAUCAGAUUGAAUCUGAGUGCCAACUUCAAAUUAACACAGCUCGCCAUUUUGGGGUGGUGGUGAUACAUGGCUAUUCACCUGAAUUUCUUUUAAAUAUUUUGUUGUAAGUCCCAGUUGGCUCUACUGAUUUUUAAGUGUAUUAAGACAGACCUUGGCUUAAAGAAAUCUGACACCUUCCAUUUACAGUAUCAGAGGUAAACCCAAGGAGACAUCAGUGAGCAUGGCCAUGCUCACACUAGAUUGGCAAUUCACUUCGGCAACCACAUUUCUAUUUACUUGGUCCUUGGGUCUGUAAUGAGUUAUUAACUGCUGUGGUACCACCACCAAGUUGGGUCUGUCCAUAAAGAUGAACGUCAUCAUGGACAGACUCAGUUUGGGAGAUAGCCCAAGAGUUGAAAGUUAACAUACCAUUCUGCAUUGUUGGAGUUGGGGGGCAGGGGAAGUCUUAUUUAUACCCAAGUGACAUGGGUUAAUAGAAGAGCUAAAUUGCCUGGGUGUGUGGAUUCAGUUUGUUUCUUCUUACAUGUACCAAUCUCUUAGGUUGCAAGAGUGUUGGUUCUAAGAGUCAAACUGGCCAUUGCAGAACUAGUAUUCUUACUUAGAGUGGGAACUUAGGCCUGAUUCACAUUUAAGGAGGGAGUAUACCCACCUACGACAGUGGUUCUUGUCUAGUGCUUCUUCUGCACGAUUUGGAGUGGAUCACUCCCUUCCUCUAUGUCAGGUGGAGGCAGCUCAAGCAGCGCUUCAUCACCUUUGAAAUGACUUGGAUGCCUCAAAGAGGCAAAAAAAAAACCCAAACCCCACAAACCUCAAUAAUUUUGUGUUAAUGGGUUAAUGCUAUAGCCAGGCAACAUGGAAAGUAGUAAAAAAAAAAA